CGGCGGACGGGAGCGCAGAGGCGCCGGCGACCGCCAUGCCCACCAACUUCACCGUGGUGCCGGUGGAGGCGCGGGCCGACGCGGCGCAGGCCCAGGACGGCGGGGACCAGGCGGCCGGGCAGCCGGAGGCGCAGGGCUGCCCCGAGGGCCGCGCGGGGCCCGAGCCCGACUGCCCGAGCCCCGGCCCGGCAGGAGAUGGGACUCCCAGGGAAAGCAGCCCUUUCAUUAACAAUGUGGAGGUGGAGCGGGACAGUGUCUUCGAAGGAAAGAACAUGGCGCAGGAGAACUUUGAAGGAAAGAACAUGGCCCUUUUUGAGGAGGAGAUGGACAGCAACCCCAUGGUGUCGUCGCUGCUCAACAAGCUGGCCAACUACACCAACCUGAGCCAGGGCGUGGUGGAGCAUGAGGAGGAUGAGGACCGCCGGCGCAGGGAGGUCAAGGCCCCGCACAUGGGCACGUUCAUUGGCGUCUACCUGCCCUGCCUGCAGAACAUCCUGGGUGUCAUCCUCUUCCUACGUCUGACCUGGAUCGUCGGGGUAGCCGGCGUGCUCGAGUCCCUGCUCAUUGUGUCCCUGUGCUGCAGCUGUGUGGCACAUGGAUGCCACGCUCACUGGGACCAGACCAUGCUGACCGCCAUCUCAAUGAGUGCCAUCGCCACCAAUGGUGUGGUCCCAGCGGGAGGCUCGUACUACAUGAUCUCCCGGUCUCUGGGGCCCGAGUUUGGAGGGGCCGUGGGGCUCUGCUUCUACUUGGGCACCACGUUCGCGGGAGCCAUGUACAUUUUGGGGACCAUUGAGAUAUUUCUGACCUACAUCUCCCCGAAUGCAGCCGUCUUCCUGGCGGACAUGGCGGGCGGGGAGGCAGCCGCCAUGCUUCACAACAUGCGUGUCUAUGGUUCAUGCACGCUGGUCCUCAUGGCCACGGUGGUCUUCGUGGGCGUCAAGUAUGUCAACAAGCUGGCUCUAGUCUUCCUUGCCUGUGUGGUUCUCUCCAUCUUGGCCAUCUACGCCGGUGUCAUCAAGACCGCCUUCGACCCACCUGACAUCCCGGUCUGCCUCCUUGGGAACCGCACGCUGUCCUGGCUCAGCUUCGACGUCUGUGCCAAGGUGCAUGGUGGCCUCAACAGCACUGCGACCACAGCCCUCUGGGGCCUCUUCUGCAAUGGCUCUAUGCCCAGUGCCAGCUGUGAUGAGUACUUCAUCCAGAACAACCUGACCAUCAUCCAAGGCAUCCCGGGCGUGGCCAGUGGCGUUGUCCUGGAUAACCUGUGGAGCACGUACGUGGACAAGGGCUCCUUUGUGGAGAAGAAGGGCAUGCCCUCGGUCUCUGUGUCCAGCGAGGCCAGGGCCAGCAGCUUGCCCUACGUGCUCACCGACAUCAUGACCCACUUCACAUUGCUGGUCGGCAUCUACUUCCCCUCCGUGACCGGUAUCAUGGCAGGCUCGAACCGCUCUGGGGACCUCAGGGAUGCUCAGAAGUCUAUCCCCACAGGCACCAUCCUGGCCAUUGCGACCACAUCCUUCAUAUACCUGUCCUGUGUAGUGCUGUUCGGGGCGUGCAUUGAAGGCGUGGUCCUGCGAGAUAAGUUUGGGGAGGCCCUGCAGGGCAAGCUGGUCAUCGGCAUGCUGGCCUGGCCGUCGCCCUGGGUCAUUGUCAUCGGCUCCUUUUUCUCUACCUGUGGCGCCGGCCUGCAGAGCCUGACGGGGGCCCCACGCCUGCUGCAGGCCAUUGCCCGUGACGGUAUCAUCCCCUUCCUGCAGGUGUUCGGCCAUGGGAAGGCCAAUGGGGAGCCCACCUGGGCCCUGCUGCUGACCGCCCUCAUUUGUGAGAUUGGCAUCCUCAUUGCUUCACUGGACAGCGUGGCGCCCAUCCUGUCCAUGUUCUUCCUCAUGUGUUACAUGUUCGUGAACCUGGCCUGUGCCGUGCAGACCCUGCUACGUACCCCCAACUGGCGUCCACGCUUCAAGUACUACCACUGGACACUCUCUUUCCUGGGGAUGAGCCUGUGCCUCGCCCUGAUGUUCAUCUGCUCCUGGUACUACGCCCUCUGUGCCAUGCUCAUCGCCGGCCUCAUCUACAAGUACAUCGAGUAUCGCGGGGCAGAGAAGGAGUGGGGCGAUGGCAUUCGGGGCCUUUCUCUGAACGCUGCCCGCUAUGCACUGCUCCGUGUGGAACAUGGCCCCCCCCACACUAAGAACUGGAGGCCCCAGGUGCUUGUGAUGCUGAACCUGGAUGCAGAGCAGGCCGUGAAGCACCCGCGGUUGCUCUCCUUCACCACCCAGCUGAAGGCCGGCAAGGGCCUGACGAUUGUGGGCUCUGUGUUGGAGGGCACCUACCUGGACAAGCGUGCUGAGGCCCAGUGUGCCGAGGAGAACAUCCGAUCCCUGAUGGGCGUGGAGAAGACCAAGGGCUUCUGCCAGCUGGUGGUGUCCUCCAGUCUGCGGGACGGCACAUCACACCUGAUCCAGUCAGCUGGGCUCGGGGGCAUGAAGCACAACACAGUGCUGAUGGCCUGGCCCGAGUCCUGGAAGCAAGCAGACAACCACUUGUCCUGGAAGAACUUUGUCGACACUGUCCGGGAUACAACAGCAGCUCACCAGGCCCUGCUGGUGGCCAAGAAUGUGGACCUGUUCCCACAGAACCAUGAGCGCUUCAGCGACGGGAACAUCGACGUGUGGUGGGUCGUGCACGAUGGGGGCAUGCUCAUGCUGCUGCCCUUCCUGCUGCACCAGCACAAGGUUUGGAGGAAGUGCCGCAUGCGCAUCUUCACGGUGGCCCAGGUGGACGACAACAGCAUCCAGAUGAAGAAGGACUUACAGAUGUUCCUAUACCACCUACGCAUCAGUGCCGAGGUGGAGGUGGUCGAGAUGGUUGAAAACGACAUUUCUGCGUUCACCUACGAAAAGACGCUGAUGAUGGAGCAGAGGUCCCAGAUGCUGAAACAGAUGCAGCUGUCCAAGAACGAACGGGAACGAGAGGCCCAGCUCAUUCACGACCGGAAUACAGCAUCCCACUCUGCGGUGGCCGCCAAGACCCAAGCCCCACCCACGCCAGACAGGGUGCAGAUGACCUGGACCAAGGAGAAGCUAGUGUCCGAGAAGCACAAGGUCAAGGAUGCUAGCGUGGGGGGCUUCAAGGACAUCUUCAGCCUGAAGCCUGAAUGGGGAAACCUGAACCAGUCUAACGUCAGGAGGAUGCACACGGCUGUGAAGCUCAACGAGGUCGUCCUCAACAAGUCCCAGGACGCCCAGCUGGUGCUACUCAACAUGCCAGGACCCCCUAAGAACCGGCAGGGUGACGAGAACUACAUGGAGUUCCUCGAGGUCUUGACUGAGGGCCUGAAUCGUGUCCUCCUGGUCCGGGGUGGCGGCCGGGAGGUCAUCACCAUCUACUCCUAACUCAUGGGUGCAGGGUGUGGGUGUGGAGGGACGGGCAGCAGCCCUAUCUCCCCGGACGACACUGACCACCUAGCCUGGCUCCCACCAAAGCAUUUCCUGAGCUCUGCUGUCCCUCACCAGGGGGCUUCCAGACCCCACUGACCACAGUGCAGAGGAUGGGUGGCACCACCAAGCCCGCACAGUUGCACCAUCCCAGAACUGAACCUCCCUUGGCUGGGCCAUGUGGUUGUUUUGGUCCCAUUUCCAUCUCACCCAGCCCAGAGUGCUCAAGGGGCAGCAUGUCCUCCCGGAGCAGUCAGGCUCACUCACUGAAGUUGAAGCAGCUGCCGUGGUUGAGGCUCUGAACAGGUCCCUCAGUCCCACGCAGCCCUGUCCCUCUGAAUGCCCCCUUUGUUUCCGUCCGUGACAGCAGCGAGCUGUCCCCGGCUGGGCUGCGGGGUCAGCGCACCCUCCUUGGGACAUCCUUGCUCACAGACUACACCCUCCAUGCAGGAGAGGCACUCCUGGGCCAGCCCACUUGUUCUAGAGCAUGGGGGCGGGGGGCCACUUGUUCUGGACGCCUUCCUGUCCAGUCUGGGCUCUGCUGUGGGAACGUCUGUGGGCUCUGCCUGCACCAUAGCCAGGCCGUCUGCUAUGCAUGGGCUCUUUCCCAUUUGAAAACCCGAAUGGAGGGGAAGGUGCUGGACCCAGAGCACAUCCUGUAAGAAACGGCAAGUAUUUCCUCGUGGACAUGGUGGUGGGAUGACCCCCUCAGCCCCGAACACUCUGCUCCCCUGGGGAUCCGACACCCUGCCCCAGCCGGAGUGAGGGGGUGCUUCUACACCAUUUGUGUAUCCGCAGGUGUCUCCACACACGCAGCCCAGCCCUGGGUGCUCAUGGGGUCUGUGUCUAGCUCUCCUCCAUGCACACCUCGCAGACGUGGAAUGGCUGUGUCUUAGGCUCUGGUGUGGGUCAAGUGUGCACUUCACCUUCAGCCUUCCUGCUGUCUAGGUCAGUCAGCUGCAGACUAGAUGUCUGCAGUCAUUAAGUCCCCUUUCUGUAUGACUUAUUUAUUUAUUUAAACAUCCGGGGGGGAGUGUCAGUGAUAACUAAGUCAUCCAUAGAGAUUGUUGCUACAAACGGGGCCCACCGCAUCGGCUGCCCCCUGGAUGUAGGUCAGGCAAGGGCUAAACCCGUGCUUCCAGACCUUUCUGAGGAGCUGAGCAGGGGUUCAGGCAGAGCAUCCACCCCCCAGGACAGCAGUCCUGGGCAACUGAAGAAGCUGCAGAAGGGCAGAGGAGAGGCUGCGAGGAGCACAUUACGGGGCUCCCGGCUGGGGGAGUGAUGCUGGAGUGUGGGCAGACCCCACGGCUGGCCGGGCAUCUCAGCAGGAGCUGAGCAGUGAAUGUACCUCUCACAUGUUCCCUCCUGUGUCUGGGCUGGCCACCCCGUGAGGGUCGGGUGCCAAGAGGAGAGCAUCUAAGCACAAACCCCGUAGCGUGCAGCGUUAGCACCAGCUUUUAGGAAAGUAGCUCCAGUGACGGGGCUUCUCCUGUCAUGAAUCCUGUUCACAAGACUGAUUAGCUAUCCUGACACGUGGGCACAGUUAGGCUGAAUCUGAGCGCUCCACACCAUGUGUGACUACACGUGGCUGGGCCUGCACUGCUUUGCAGUUCUUUGCAUGUGCAAGCACUGUGGGUUCUUUGUACAUUGAAAACCGUUUUGUAACCAGUCACCUCAGCCAUUCAAGAUUGAUUCCAUGUUUUCCUUUUAUAGGGUCUUUGUCUUUGUAUGAUUUUUUUAGUUGAAGAAUAAAACUGUAUGAAGCCUGA